AUGCAAUGCCAGAGGUGUCGAUUGCCUUUGGUGGCGCACUCGUCGCUAUCGAAGCUGAGCCAAACGCAAUUAAAUCUGUUAAAGCGAGAAGAGUCUGACUUUGCCGAGCAGAACACCACGAUAUGGGGGGGCGCGGACGACGCCUCGUUUAUCAUGUUCAGCGAAUCGAUCGCUGGCCCGAAUCCUCUUAAAACCGCCCCCUCACAGCGCACGCACUCUCAAGUGGCCAAUGCCCUGGACCGGGUUUUCACAAAUACGGGAAUUGACAUGCCGUUGUGUACAGACUGUGCUGACCUGGUUCGCCAGAAGCUUAAAUCUAUGUACGACGAUGCAUGUGCGGAACGAGACGCCUACAUUUCCUUUUUGAACAAACUCAAAGACGAGCCUCCGCCCGACAGCAAGGAUGUGCAAGACUUGCAAUCGCAAAUCCGCCAGCUCGAAAAAGAGAACGCAGCAGCUCUCAAAGAACUCAAAGCAGCCGAAGCCGAAAAAGCCAAGGCCGAAAAAGAGUUGGAGCAAGCGAUCAAGCAAUCAGAUGAACAGAAAGAGGAUAAUCGUCAGGUUUAUAUGGAACGAAACGAGUUUGAGCGUAAAUUUUUCGAGUUGGAGACCGAGAAACAUCGCCUAACUGCGAUCUCUGACUACCAGACCAUGCAGCUCUAUCGACUACAGCACACCAACGUCUACCAUGAUGUAUUCUGUGUGAGUCACGAUGGCAAUUUUGGCACUAUCAACGGGCUGAGGCUUGGUAGGUUACGCGAAAAGCGGGUUGAAUGGAGCGAGAUCAACGCCGCGUGGGGCCAAACGUUGCUGCUGAUGACGACAGUUAUUCACAAGCUAGGCAUCUCAAUUCCAGAAUACCGCCUCAAGCCCCUGGGGUCGAUGUCGCGAAUCGAAAGAAUAGAGAUCAAUCCCGAAACUAACCAGCCUACCGGAGAAGUCCAAAGCCUGGAGCUUUUCAGUUCCGGAGACUAUAGUUUUGAGCGUCUCCUGAACCACAAGCGCUUAGACACGGCUAUGGUCGCUUUUCUUGAUAUCUUACGCCAAGUGGGUGCGUUUGUCGAGGCCCGCGAUCCUAAUCUCAAGCUCCCGUACGCCAUUGAGGGCGACAAAAUCGGCGGCUGCAGCAUCCGCCUCUCCAUGAACACCUCCAACGAGACCUGGACCGCAGCAUGCAAGUACGUUCUCACUUAUGCAAAAUGGCUACUUGCCUAUGCUAUUUCAAACUAA